AUGCUCUCCUUCCUCGCCGGCCACGGCUUCUCCAGCUCCAACGUCGCCGCCGUCGUCGCGGGAGACCCCAAGGUACUCUGCUCUAACAUGGAGGGAUACCUUGGCCCCGUCGUCGCCCAGCUCACCGGCCUUGGCCUUUCGCGUUCUCAGAUCGCGCGCCUCGCCUCCUACUGCCACAGCAACUUACAUCUCACAUCCAUCGUCUCCAAGCUGCGGUACUACCUGCUCCUCUUUGGUUCCAUCGACAACACCCUCCAAGCUCUCAAUCGCAACUUCUACCUUAUCGCAUCUGACCUCGACAGGGUGGUCAAGCCCAACGUCGCGGCCCUGUGGGACUCGGGGCUGGGUGAUUGCGACAUUGUCAAGUUGUGCAUCCCUAAUCCAUGGCUGCUCACCACCAAUGUAGAAUCCAUCCGGCCAAUGGUGUCAUGUGCUGAAAGUCUUGGUGUGCCCCGUGGAUCUCGCAUGUUCAUAUAUGCAGUGCGUGCUGUUGUGUUCCUCGGCGAGGAGAAGAUUGCCACCAAAGUGGUGUAUUUGAAGGAAACCUUUAGGUGGUCAGAUGCUCAAGUCGGCAUUGUUGUGUCCAAGUUUCCAAUCCUUCUGACGAGGUCUAAGGACUCUCUGCAGAGCAGGUCAGAGUUCCUCAUCUCUAAGGUGGGUCUGGAACCGGCAUACAUUGCUCAUCGUCCGAUAUUGCUCUCUUACAGCCUGGAGGGCUGGCUCAGGCCCCGGUACUACGUUGUGAAGUUUCUCAAGGAAAAUGAAUUGCUAGAUCGUGGCCGGGACUACUAUAAAACACUCUUUAUCAGCGAGAAGGUGUUCAUGGAGAAGUUCAUAUGCCCUCACAAGGAAGCAGCACCCCACCUUGCUGAUGACUAUGUCGAUGCUUGCAGAGGGGAAGUACCCACUAGAUCAGAUUUGGGGUUUAGGGUUGCAUGA